UGCACGGCACGUACCAGCGCCCACAAAGCAGGCUUGAAGGCCAUGCUGUGGCUAGGCGUAGGGUUACCGCUUAUGACCCUUGUGGAAACCCGGGCCUUCAACAUAUUGCCACAGGGGAAGAGCCCGACACGGUUUCAGGCUUGUGCUCCUCCUCCUGCGGCUGCCGCUGCUGCAGUCGCCGGUGGGGCAAGGAGACGACGCCGAGCCGUUUUUAGCUCGCACGCGAAGAGAAGGCCUCGACCAGGCACACUCUCCGCAUCGAGUGCUGAUGGUCACGCUUCUUCGAGAACAGUAGAUCAUGAUGGCGAUGUCCCGGCCUCGUUACCGCGAAUAGACGUGACCGGCCUCUCCCGAGCGCAAGUGGCCGACCUUGUCGACUUCUCCCGGCCGUGCAUCUUGACAGGGGUGCUUUCCUCGCCGGACUGUGAGUCGUGGUGCGACGGGCUGCUGCAAGACUUGGGGGAGGAAACUUGUGCUUUUCAAAUACGCGACAACGAGAGCGGUCGCAGCGAGGUGUUCGAGGCAAGCCUCAUGGACUUUGUGAAACGCCUACAGGACGAGAGCACUCACAACGAGAGCUGGUAUCUGCUGGACGAGCACCUCCUCGACUUUCCACAAGCUCGCCCCGAACUCGGUGCCCUGCUCGAGAAGCCGCAGGACCUCCUUGGGACAGACGAGUUUCAGCUUUUCCCUCCUUCCGUCAGGCCCCAAAACCUGUGUACCAUCGUGGGCGGCGUGGGCGCGCGCUCGUUUCUCCACAGCGACCCCAUGGAGUGGAUGGGCUGGAACGUUCUUCUCGAGGGCCGGAAGCUAUGGACGUUCCUGCCUCCAUUGGCCGACCUGGAUUCCUCUCUUGGAACCUACCGCUUGGCCCCGAAUGCCUUCGGCUCCCACAACGUCUCGGCGGGAUGGCAGAGCAACGUGGACCUCUACCAGCACGGAGCAGCCACGGCGUCUUGGCCGACAGCGGGAGAGGGGCAAGAGGUCAUGCAGCACGCUGUCAGUGGAGUACAGGAGGCGGGGGAACUUGUUCUUAUACCGCCUCGUCAUUGGCACCAGGUGUACCACCUCGAGCCGUCAUUGGCAGUCGCGUCGCAGUACAUGGACUUCCGGGUACGAGAUCGCGUGUUCCGACACAUGCUGGACUGGUGCGGGGCUUCCGACGACGUGCUUCUAUCCUCCCGCUUCGAUGCUCUGGCGCUUCGCGACCAGAUCAAGGAGGUGCUGAAGGUGGCGCUCGUAGCACGUCACGGCGGAGAAAAGGGCCUGGAAGCCUUCGACGGCCUCGACGACCCAUCUCAUUGAACGGGACCAAUCUUGUUGUUCGAUUUCGUAUCGAAAUGCCCGAGAUUUUCCUAUUGGUCAUCCUCGUUGAUGCUGCACUAUUAUUGGCCGAUAGUCCUGGCGUAGCGGCAGCCACGGGGUCGGCUCCUGAGCUCGUUUUUCUAUGAGGUUCAUUCUUUUCUCCUUGUUUGAUUGGUCGAUCUCACGGGUAUGAGGACCCUCCUCUGCUUUCCAGAGGGGAGGCGGGAACUCUCACGCGGUUUCGUGACCUGCGUACUACUUUCCUUGCGGAAGGGUCCAUGAUGAUCUGCUUCCUCAUAGCCCCUAUUUUUUCGCGUUCGUUGAUUGUAUGACGGCUCGAUUUCAAUGGUGUCACAGCCCUGCCACCAUGCAGUCUGCAUGCCAACUGAUCAGCGUUGAUGGACGGUAGAGCGUGCAUUCUCGGCCGGUGGUGAUGAAAGCAUUGAUGAUUAAGC